UUUAAUUAAUUAAGUUGGCAUUAAGGAGAAAGGAAAGAAAAUGACAUUGGAAAAGGUCAUUAACUUGACGACACCAUUUCCUCCUCAACCAAUCCCCACCGUUUCCUUUCCCCACUUUGAACAAAUCAUAUUAUUAUUGUAGUAAUUAACUUUGAAUUCCGCAAUAUCACAAACGAAUAAAACCGCUGAUCGAUCAUAAUUCUCCUCCCAAAAAUCCUCACAAAUUGAUGUCUUUUAACCCCCCACUGUUUCCUCCCCACUUUUUCAUCAAAUUUGAUGAGAAACGUGUCAUGGGGCGCGGCGGAGAAUUGAAUGGCUACGAGGAAUCAUCACUGUGAUCACACGCACAACUUGUAUCUAUAGAUCAAGCUGAGGAAGAGCGGGAGGUUUGUGUGUGGAUGAUAUGGAGGAAUUGCCGGGGGCGGUGGGCACCAGUGCGAGCUUGGCUUUGAGAUUGGGGCAAGCUGUUUUUGCUGUCGCCUCAUUGCUUUUCAUGUGUUUGGAUGUCGAGUUCUACAGUUACACUGCCUUCUGCUUCUUGGUAACGAUCAUGGGGUUGGUAAUCCCAUGGAGCUUGACGUUGGCAGUGGUGGAUGUGUUCUCAGUUUUCAUUAAACGCCCAGCUCGUCAGCCUGGGAUUCUCUCAAUUGUUGUCAUAGGGGAUUGGGUGCUUUCCUUUCUAUCGCUAGCUGCAUCUUGUUCGACUGCAAGCGUCACCAGUCUUCUGCUUGCCUCGGAAGGAUUCUGCGGCGCAAAGUUAUGCACCAGAUACCAACUGUCAGCUGCCAUGGCCUUCUUGUCGUGGUUCCUAUCCUUAUCCUCCUCACUCUUCAAUCUUUGGCUUCUUCCAUCUCUCUAGAUCAUCCGCGCGCGCACACACACACACACAUAUAAAUAUAUGUACAAAUCAAAAUGGGACAUUUCCUACAAGAUUUUGUUUUUCUAUACAUCAAUUCAUCCCAGUUUGGUAGUAUUGUUCAUUGUAGCGUUGCAACUGUACAGAUAUAUGGUGUUUCCGUUGCCCACUCCUAUUUGUAAUAAAGAGGGGGAAAUUAGGUCAUUAUGAUUGGAAAGCAAUAUUGUCUUUCAA